AUGGCCCGCCGCCGGUGGGGCGCGCUGUGGGCGUGGGCGUGCCUGGCGGCCACCACCCUGCUGCACGCGGGCGGCCUGGCGCGCGGCGACUGCUGGCUGAUCGAGGGCGACAAGGGCUUCGUGUGGCUGGCGAUCUGCAGCCAGAACCAGCCGCCGUACGAGGCCAUCCCGCAGCACAUCAACAGCACCGUGGUGGACCUGCGGCUCAACGAGAACCGCAUCCACGGCGUGCAGCAGGCCGCGCUCAGCCGCUUCGGCAACCUCACGUACCUCAACCUCACCAAGAACGAGAUCGCCUACAUCGAGGACGGCGCCUUCGCCGGCCAGUUCAACCUGCAGGUGCUGCAGCUCGGCUACAACCGGCUGCGCAACCUGACGGAGGGGGCGCUGCGCGGGCUGGGCCGGCUGGAGUACCUGUACCUGCAGGCCAACCGCAUCGAGGUGGUCACGCCCGGCGCCUUCGCCGGCUGCCCCAACGUCGUCAACAUCGACCUGUCCAUGAACCGCAUCCAGCGGCUGCACGGCGCCACCUUCGCCGGCCUGGCCCGGCUCUCGGCCUGCGAGCUCUACAGCAACCCCUUCUACUGCUCCUGCGAGCUGCUGGGCUUCCUGGGCUGGCUGGCCGCCUUCUCCAACGCCACGCAGACCCACGACCGCGUGCAGUGCGAGGCCCCGCCCCCCUACGCCGGCUACUUCCUCCUGGGCCGCGGCCACGGCCAGCGCAGCAUCCUCGGCACCCUGCGGGCCGUGUGCACGGACGGCGCCUACGCGGCCGAGUACCCCCCGGCGCCCGAGCCCCGCCCGGCGCCCGGCCGCACGCCGCCCCCGCCGCCGCCGCCCGAGCCCAGCGAGGCCCCCUGCGCCGCCGAGGACUGCUUCUCGGGCGACGGCACCACCCCGCCGGCGGCCCUGCCCACGCUGCCCCCCCGGGCCGAGGCGCGGCCGCUCAUCAGGGUCAAGCAGCUGACCCAGGACUCGGCCACGCUCACGGUGCAGCUGCCCAGCCCCUUCACGCGUGUGUACACGCUGGAGCGCUUCGACAACAGCCGGCCGUCCACCGUGCGCCGGCUGACCCGGCCGCUGCAGGAGGUGCACCUGCCCCACCUGGCCGCGCUCACCAACUACACCUACUGCGUGGUGUCCGCCAGCUCGGGGCUGCUGCACAACCACACCUGCCUCACGCUCGGCCUGCCCCCGCCGCCCGGCCCGCCCAGCCCCGCGCCCCGCCCCGCCACGGCCACGCACUACAUCAUGACGGUGCUGGGCUGCCUGUUCGGGAUGGUGCUCGUGCUGGGCGCCGUCUACUACUGCCUGCGCCGGCGGCGCCGCGGGGAGAAGCACCAGACGGCGGCCGCGGCCGGCGGCCUGAGGAAGACCAUCCUCGAGCUCAGGUACGGGCCGGAGAUGGAGGUGCCCGGCCUGGCCCCGCCGCCCCAGGGCCCGCUGCUGGGCCCCGAGCCCACGACCCGCCUCCCGUUCAUGCCCGCGGCCGCCGGCGAGGUGGAGCCGUACAAGCCGGUGGAGAGCGAGACGCCCAAGGCCAGCAAGGGCACCUACAUGGAGGUGCGCACGGGGGAGCCGGCCCGGCAGGCGACCGAGAUCUCCACCAUCACCAAGGAGGUGGACAAGGUCAACCAGAUCAUCAACAACUGCAUCGACGCCCUCAAGUCCGAGGCCGCGGCCGAGCCCCAGCUGGUGCUGCUGGCGGAGCCGCUGGCCGGCAAGCACGGCUUCCUGUCGCCCGCGUACCAGGACCCCUUCGGCCACGGCCCGCAGCGCCACCACAGCGCGGAGGGCGGCCCGGGGCCCCCGCGCACCAGCACCUCCUCCAGCAGCUCCUCGCGGAGCCCCAGGGCCUUCGGCGCGGAGGCGGCCGGUGCGCACAAGGCCGCGGCCUCCGAGGCCAAGUACAUCGAGAAAAGCUCGCCCGCGGCCGACGCCAUCCUCACGGUGACGCCCGAGGCCGCCGUGCUGCGGGCCGAGGCCGAGAAGGGCCGCCCGUACGGCGAGCACCGGCACUCCUACCCCGGCUCCCACCCCGCGGAGCCGCCCUCGCCGCCCGCGACCCUGCCCCCCGAGGGCCUGAGCGGCCGCAAGGCAUCCAUCCUGGAGCCGCUGACCCGGGCGCGGCCCCGCGACCCCGCCUACUCGCAGCUGUCGCCGCAGUACCGCCACCUGCGCUACGCCUCCAGCCCCGAGGCCACGGCCACCUGCCGGGCCGCCCACGGCAUCUGGGAGCGCCUCCGCCUGAGCCGCCGGCGGCGCAAGGACGGCGAGGAGUGCAUGGCGGCCGGCCACGCGCUGCGCAGGAAGGUCCAGUUCGCCAAGGACGAGGACCUGCACGACAUCCUGGACUACUGGAAGGGCGUGUCGGCCCAGCACAAGUCCUGA